AGCAACUGAAAGAGAGCCACACUAAAACCUCUCCAAAGAAAACGUCAGAAAAACCAACCCAAGCAAGCAAAACAAAAGAGGAGGACCAAGAUGGGGCAAGCAAUUGGUUCGCUCAAGGACGAGGCCUUCGUCCAAGAUUACGCCAACUUUCCCUCCAUUGCUGACUACGAAGACGAUGCUUCGUCUGAUGAUGAACCGUCCUUGGCACCCUCGUUCCAAUCAUGCUUCUCGGAUGAGCUGACGAGGCACUUGAAGAAGCAGAUAUGGAGAAGACAAGUUGCACCGGAGCCUCCCGAGGGUGGUUCUACAUAUACAACUACACAUCGGGAUGCACCUGGUCGUGCACCAUCCGGGGAUUAUGUAGACGAUGACUGGGAUGAUGAAGAAGCCCUCCCCAUUGGGACCAUUGCCGCUAGUCGUUGUCCCGAAGCAGCUCCAGCUCCAGUAGCUGCAGGCCAACCCAUCCUCCUCCUUGAAGACACCCAAUCGACAACAGCUGUAGGGCAACCAAUCCUCCAUAAAGACACUGAAUCUACAGCACCUUCGGCCGCUGCUGCUGCUGUGAGCCAUAGCGGUGAUUGGACGCUUGCUCACGGAGAAGUCAUGGCGUUAUUGGGCGAGAUAAAGAAGUCAUUGAGGGAUAGCACAUCUCUUACUAUUAAUAGAACCGAUUCUCAGGAAAGUGGCGAUACGAGCAAGGUGGAUGAGUUUCCGACAUGGAGCAUGGAUCACGAAGUUCAAGUGAACAAGAUGAAAGUUUAUCCCGACAACGCUAAGCUUGGUGGUGGCCGCAGAAGCUUUCUCAAUAAGACCCGCAGUGUGAAGAGCAAGAAGUCGUCAAAGUUGAAGUCUAUCUUCAAGAAAGACAGGAAUAUGAACGAUCAAAGCAUCCCCACCUUUGACGCCAACAAGAAGAAGAACAGACAGCUUCGCUGGAACCUCUUGUGGGCUCUAGGGGUCUUUGGUACGAUCUUGGGACUUGGAUUUGCCCCACUUUGGAUGGACAAGGUCUGGGGAUGCCAACAGAGUUGGAUCUUUACCAGUACCAUCUUCACCAUCAUGGACCUUGUCUUUUUGGUAUCGGCCAUCCUGGCAUGGCCGAAUCUCUACGCGGAAGUGAUCGAGUUCUUUCACACGAACAGUCAGCAUCGAUACCUUCAAACGUCGGAACUGACUCCAUCUGGACAACACAUCAACAAGAACGCAAUGGAAGAAGAAUUGAACCCCGAUACUGGUGUGCCCACCAUUACCCAUCUCGUCGUCAUGACAGGAUACAAGGAACCGGUCGAUCUUAUUGCUGCAACACUGGACACCGUCGCGGCACAAACCAGGGCCAAAAGUAUUAUCAUGGUGAUUGGGUGGGAGGAACGUACACCCGAUUACGAAUCCAAGAUGGAAUUCUUCCACAACCGUUACGGCCACAGUUUCUUCCGACUCAUUCAAACAGUGCACCCUUAUGGCCUCAAGGGUGAAAUUGCUGGAACCUGUAGCAACGCGAAUUGGGCCGUCCGGCAAUCCACCACCACAAUGAGAGACGAGGGCAUGCCUCUUGAUCCCGACACGACUCUACUUACCAAGCUUGACACCGACACCAUGUUCCUUCCGACACACUUUGACGUUCUCCAACGAGAGUUUAUGAAGCUUCCCAAGCAUGAACGUCUCGAUCGAAUGUACCAGUCUGUCCUGUCCUUCAACUUGGGCCUUGACGAACGUUGGUUCUUUACACGCGUCACGGGUAUUCUUCGAACCUUUUUCAUUUUGGGCUUUUUGGUCCCUUACAACAUCAGUGCUAUGUCCAUCUAUUCCAUGAGUCUGUCACUGGCACGACGAGGCAACUAUUGGCUUCCGCACUAUCAAAUGGAGGACGUGAUUCAGAAUCUCAACCUGAUGAGUUCGCUUGGCAAACGUGUCAAGAUCAAUCUGAUCCCUCUUCCUACCAUCAGUGGCCCCACCAGCGGCGAAACAUUUCGCAAAGAGCUCUUCGAGUGGCGUUGGCAGGCACGGCGUUGGACUGUAGGCAGCGCCGAAGUAUACCACUAUUACGUUGUCAAGUUUCUCAAGGGCAAAUUGGGUUUUUGGCGGGGACUCGAGUACGGCUUUUGUUACGUCUUGUACUACGGUGCUAUCCUUUGUGUGAUUGGAUUGUAUCAGUUCUGCGCCACGAUUGCAGUGUCAUUUGAUACUUGCAACCAGGACCGAACAUCGUUCUUGUGGCCCAUUCUCAUGGUUCUCAAGUACACAGUUGUGUUUGGGACAGCAUUUCUGGCCGACUAUAUUCACCGCAAAAUCAUUGGUGUCGAGGAGAAGGCAUUACAAGGUCUAUGGGGAUGGAUCCGUUCGAUUUUCCAUUGGCUGAGUGCGCCCCUCGUUCUUCUCGCGUACAACAUUGUGGAGGCAGUGGCCAUUAUCGAGCUGAGCUACUAUGGUCGCGAUAUUUGUGGUCAUGAUGCAUCUGACAAGGGUGCACUUGUCGGUGGCGGUGGUAGUGACAGUCAGAAGCAAGCUGAAAGCAAAACGGAGGAACUAGAGGUUGACUGUGCAAGAAAGCGUUCAGGUGAAUUGAACGAGACUCAUGCUGAGGGUGAGUCUGGCAUGCCUGCUUUGGUGGCCAUGCAGAAACCAGGCCAGUGA